AUGCCCGCCGGCGAGGCGCCGCCCCGCGGACCGGCGAAGCCGCCAGGACCGCCGCCGGCGAAACCGCCGGGCACACCGCCUCCUGCCGCCGCUGCCGCUUCGGCCGCCAGCGGCGUGGACCCUGCUGCCGCGACCACCCGGGUCCCCGGCAGCGAGGGCGACGAGGCAGCCUACGCCGAAGAGUGGGCUGGCUGGACAGGCGGAGGCUGGUGGCGCCAGGAGAGUUCGACCUGGGACGGGGGAAGAGGACUCGAUGCUGGCCUGUCCAAGACGGCGCCCAGCUACGAGCUGCUGAAGACCGACGGCUACCGACGCGGCACGACCGCCAUCAGCGAGGGGGCUUUCCUGGUCACGAACUCGCUGCAAGGAGAGGCGGCCGAGGCAACGGAGGAGAUCGACCUGGACCUGCUAGAGACAGACGAGGCCUUCAGGCCGCUGUUCAAGGUCCUGGACGAGUACUACAAAUACGACAACUGGACUGAGCUGCCAGCCCGGACGGAUCAGUUCUUCGGCAGGUUCGCCCGCCAGGAGAAGGAGUCCAUGAAGUUGUGCUGCCUACGCCAUCAGCGCGACCUCAGGAAACUGAAGGAAGUGGGGAUGGAGAUUCCAGAUAUGCUAGCGGGCUGGCACCUCCUCACGAGAGCGGCGAUCCCGCCGUCAGGUGCCGCCCAGGUUCGGAGUCAAUGCGUAGACGGCCUCAGCUGGCAAAAUGUGAAGAAAGCUCUACUCGACACGUAUGGAGCCGAGGGUCUGCCCGACAAGCGUGACAUCAAACGAGUGGAGAAGAUGCUGCUCGGGCAGAAUGCCAAGGACGACGCUCAUUACACAAACGACUACGAGUGGGAGCGAGGCCUGAGCUACGAAGACACGUACCUGAUCGCAGAGGAGCCACCGCAAGAUGUCGAGGACGCGCAGCUCGCGCGCGACGAGGCCUACCUGAGUUUCGUGGAUGCGAAGAAGCGCGUGGCGGAGAUCGCGAAGUCCAGACGCUUCUACCCGAUCGUCGCCGUGGCGCCCGACAACAACUACCGUGAAUCACGACCUGCCCGAGCCCCAGGCAUAGGCAAGGGACGUGGACGCGGCAAAGGCAAAGGAUCAAGUCAGCCACGACGAGAUCCAUCAGCGUUCAAGUUCCCGAAGACCCUUUUCGCCCGCUCACCGGCUGCAUCGAGUGCGGGAUCAACCGGGACGGGCUCAACGCAGCAGCGCGGCCCGAGGUUCAAGAGAUUCCGUCGCGGCGGGUUCACCAAGACGGAGACCGAGUCAGGCAACAUGGUCGAGGACGUCGAGACGUUGGAGUACGCGAAUUCGACCGAGGAGGUGUUCCUGCUGACAGUCGGCAAGGGCAUCAGCGACGGAGGCGCUACGCGGCCCGUCAUGGACGACAAGGUCUGGGCGCAGUGGGAGAAGCUGCUGCGCGUGAAGCAGUUGCUGCACGAGGUCAAGUAUGAGAAAAGUGAUCGACGGUUCAGGUUCGGAGACGGGAAGACGCUGGAGGCGAAGAAGGCGGUGACGUUGUCGGUGUGGCCGUUCGGCAUCACGAAGCAAGUCGCCACCCGCCUCGUCGAGGGGUGGACGCCGCUGCUCAUCGCCAGGCCCUGCGCGGAGGAGUGGGGUCUCAUUCGGGACUACCGAGCAGGUGCGUUCAUGAUGAAGGACCUCCCCGACAAAGGUUGGAUGAAGUCCGAGCGCGAUGAGAAAGGCCACUUCAUCAUUGAUCUGUUGGGCAGCGCUGGGAAGGAAGCAGACGACGCCAUGAACGAGGGCGCUCCCACGGGCGGCGAGGAGAGCAGCGACGACUCGACGGACAAGGACUCGGAGGGGAGUUCGGUGAAGGGAGAGACCGACGAUGGCAGCGACUCGUCGGUGCCAGACGCCGAUGCCUACUACCUCGAGACCGCCCCGGAGUUCUACGACAUCGGUAGCGACGACGAGGCGCUGACGACCGAGAGGUUCUCAGACAUGGACGCGGACACCUACUCAGACCUGAUCUUGGCCCUGGAGCAAGCGGAGACCGACAUGAGGGAUACGCUCAGAGGACCCCGCGAACGCGUGGUCUGGGAGGUCUUCGUGGACCAAGGGGCUUUGUCGGAGGAGCUGCUGGAGUUCCCACAGGUCAAGGUGAUCCAGUUCAGGCUGGCCGAUGGGCUACACUGGCAGACCAAGACCUGGCAGGAGCUACCUGGAUGUCACUGCCGGCUCGACCAGCGCAGGCUGGGCGCGAGGUUCGAGAUCCAGUGUCAGCUUAAGCCGUGCCAGAAGCCUACGCGACUCCAGUCCGCGAACAAGGAGCUUGUACACCACGUGAACAUGAAAUGCAGCUGUACCGAGGAGCACGGGGCCUUGCGCGGCAAGCUUGCCCAGCAGGCUCAGAACUACCCGAGACCGAUGGCGCGAAGGAUGGCCUACCUGAUCGCCUAUCAGGGCAUGGCCGACGACAUUGAGGAUAUCAACACCGCCGAGGAGGUCUCCAAGGACAUCGACGCCAUCGGAUACACCGACGUGAUGCAGGAACUGAUGAAGCGGUUCAACGUGUCGACGAUCCGGGAGGUCAAGCGCGCUCACAUCAGUCUGGGCCAUCCCUCCAACGCGGCGCUGGCGACCGCCAUGAAGCACGCGAAGGCCCCGGCCGAGUGGCUUCAGUGCGCCAAGCUCUUCCAGUGUGAAGUUUGCCUGAGCAAGCAACGACCUCGAGCAGUGCGCGUAGCUGUACUGCCGACAGCGAAACGGUUCAACGAGGUCGUGAACACCGACGUCUACUACGUCACCUGCUGGGCUGGCAAGCCCGACACCAUGAGGAUGGACAUGGCAGGCUCGCACACGUCAAGAAGGAUGCACCAGUGGAUGAGCAAGCACAACAUCACACUCGACCUGAACCCGAAGGGCGCGCACCACAAGCUCGGACUCAUGGAGCGCAACCAUGCGGUCAAGACGGGGCAACUCAGCAAGUACCACCUGCAGUUUCCCGACGACUCGCUCAAGACCGCGCUCAGGAUGACCGCCAGCCAGCGGAACAUCUUACGGAACGCGCGCGGGUAUUCGCCCGCGACGCUGGUGUUGGGCACGCAGCCCAAGGUACCUGGCGCUUUGUGCGACGAGGACUUCGGCCUGGCGGAGCAGGCUGCGUUGGUCGACCCCAAGAGCGAGGUCAACGAGGACGACGUGAUGCACACGUCCGUGGCGUGGGUCACGCACGGGCGCACGAUCUACCGAUGCACGGUGGAGCAGCUCCGUCCCGAGCUGCCAAGUGAGACCCGAGAGCGAGAAGGACGACGCGAGGAUCCCGACAGCCCACUCAGCACCAUCGAGAAGCUGAGGAGGGCGUUGAGGCGGACCAAGGGAACCUGCAGCUUCAGUGACCUCGCCGAGGGGGGCCAGCGGCCCCAGUACGACGACGCCCUGGGCGACAUGGGCGCGCAGCAGCCCGACGCCCAGGGUGUUCAACAAGAACGACGGCUGGAACCCAUCGACGAGGCGGAGGUGGACCCAGCGGCGCGCUGCCCGCUACGCUUCCUGCUGAAGUGGAAGGUGAAGGACGGAAAGCGAGUGGCCAACGCGCGAGUGCUCUACCAGGGUUUCAAGCACCGAGACGUGGCCGAGGGCCAGCUCGACAAGGAGGCGCCCACUUUGAGCAGGCUUGGCCGACACACGGUCUUGCUUUGGGCGGCCUUGAGGAAGUGGAGGCUGUUCGCUGCGGAUGUGAAGUCCGCGUUCCUGCAGGCCGAGGACGUCAGUGCCCACGGCAUCAAGCUGUACGCGAGCCCGACGAAGGAGAUGAGGGAAAUGCUUGUACACCAGAUCGGCCUGCAGCCAGGACAAUUGCUCAAGACGAUCACGCCUUGCUUUGGGGACCCGCGGCCACCCAAGCUCCGGCACUACCGCUCCGACGAAGUCACGAGGGAUAUCGGGUUCAAGAACCACUGGCUCGAGGAUUGCUUGCUGCUGUCCUUGCGGGCCGCGCGACCCUCGGACGACCCGUUCGACGCGCGCAGCUUCGACGGCCAGACGUUCGUGGUGGACGGGCUGAUCGGCAAGCGCGCGGGCGACUUCAUCGGCUGCGGCGAGAACGUGAGUUGCGAGGAUGACCUGUACGCCAAGCUGGACGACGCCGAGUGCUUCCAGGCGCGGCUGGGCAUGCUCAACGAGAAGUUCAAGUUCGGCAAGUGGGAGUUCGGGCCGAGCCUAGUCUUCACCGGCGGCGAGGUGGAGCAGUCCCUGAGCUCCCACGCGAUCACCAUCAAGUUCGAGAAGUACCUGCACGCGGUGAAGCCCAUCACCGUGGAGACGCACCGGCGGGCAGAUCCCACCAGUGCGCUGUCGCCGAAGGGGGUUAUCAUCGCGGCGGCGACGGCAUCGUUCAGAGCCGCAUCGACUGGACAUGCGACGGUGCAAGACUUGCUGGACGCGAACAAAGAUUUACGGCUCCUGAAGGCCAACGCGGACGUGGGAUUGUACUUCGGCUUCGACAGGCCGUGGAGUGAGUUGCGCGUUGGAGGCUACUCAGAUGCGAGCUGGGCCAGCCGACCUGACGGAAGUUCCCAAGGAGGCUAUCAGAUCUUCGUCGGACCCGAGGACGAGCUCAACGCCGGCGCCCCGACGCCGUUCGUGGCCAUGGAGUGGGCCUCGAAGAAGCUGGUGCGGUUGUGCAAGAGCUCACUGUCCGCCGAGGCACAAGCCGCGGCGAUGGGAGCCGACUCGCUGAUGUGGGUGAAGGUCUUUUUGGCCCUGAGUCUGAGGCCCGACCUCGCUACGGCGGGGUUGGGCAUCGCAGAGAAGAGGACGGCCAUCGAGAUGAAGAUCGUGAACGAGCAGCUGGCGGAGGUCAACGCCGGGUGGAAGUGGGUGAACACCCAGCAGCAGAUGACGGACGAGCUCACCAAGCUUUCGGCGCGCCAGAUGAUGGCGGAUGCGUUACGCCGUGGAGUUCAUGCCUUGCGCUACGACCCCGACUUCGUGGCCGGCAAGAAGCUCACCAAGCGCGCGAUGGAGCAACGCGAGAAGGAGCUGGACCAGGCAGGAGAGGAGUUGCUCGACACCUUCGAGAAGGAGCCCGUGGCGAAGGCGAAGGCUAAGGCCAGGACGCGCCAUUUUGGCGCGAAUGGAGCCCGUUUGGCAGCUGCGUUGGCGGCUACGAGAGCGACAGGCUCUGGAGCUGAGGUGGUACAGUAUACGCCCAGCGGCGUCGAGCUGUUCCACCCACCGACCAACGACGGCUGGGACAACCUGCUGGUGAAGCUGGCCAUGUUCGGACUCAUGAUGGCGAUGCUCGUGGCUUUCGGCUGUGGAUUUUGGGUCGGCACCUGUUGGACACGCUGGACUACGACGGACGCUGAGCAGAAGAGCAUCAGGCCGCGUGAGCCUGAGACCGAGCCGAACCCCAGCAUGACGACGAAGCACUACGUCGAGGGGGCCGAGAUGAUGACGACAGGUGUGAACACCAAGCAGCCACGCCAGAAGAAGGUGCGCCACAUGAUGUGCCAGGCGCAAUGCCGCUACAACCAGGAUGCGCAGACGCCGAGGUUCCAGCCGCUGCCCGAGUACGCACACGGAGCUUUCAUCGGAUAG